AUGGAGAGCCAAAUGCAGCGCCGCAUGUUGAUCAUUGAAGACGACGCACCUAUUCGUGAAAUGGUCGCCUUUACCCUUGGGCGCCAUGACAUGGCGUGUCUCGAAGCGCAGGAUGUUCGCGAAGCGCAGCGCCACCUCGCGACAGGCCUGCCCGACUUGAUUCUACUGGACUGGAUGCUGCCGGGGAUGAGCGGGUUGGAUUUUGCUCGAUACUUGCGCAAGCAGGACCUGACGCGAGAUAUCCCAGUCAUUAUGCUGACUGCCCGCAGCGAAGAAAAUGACCGAAUUCGCGGCCUGGAUUCGGGUGCUGACGACUACCUAACCAAGCCAUUCUCAACCCGAGAGUUGAUUGCCAGAAUACACGCGGUGUUGCGGCGCAGCGCGCCCGGUGGCGAGGACCGAGUCAUUCGCAUCGGCGGCCUUGAAAUUGACCUUGCCUCACACCGUGCUACGCUGAUGAAAACCGUCGUUCUGGGACCAACCGAAUUCAGGCUGCUGUCGUACCUGAUGUCCCAUCCGGAGCGGGUCCACAGUCGCGGUCAAUUGCUCGACGCGGUCUGGGGCAGCGAUGUCUACGUGGACGAACGAACCGUGGACGUGCACAUUCGGCGGGUACGAAAAGUGAUUCAAGAGUCUGGCUAUGACAAGUAUGUUCAAACAGUGCGCGGUGCCGGUUACCGCUUCUCGACAACGCCCUAG